GCGGCUGGCGGGGAGCAGCAGCUGGGCAGCCCCGGAGCCCUCGGAGGACAAUGCGCCCAGCGCUCGGCAACCCUCGCUGCGUCUCGUCGUCGUCCGGCUCCUUCCCCCCGCCCCCCGCCGCCGCCCGGCUGCAGCCCCUCUUCCUCCGGGGGGGCUCCUCCCGCGGCCGGAGAGGCUCGGGAGACAGCAGCACCAGCACCAGCACCAGCCGGGCGGGAGGCGGCGGCAGACGCGGCGGGGGCGGCUCGGCGAGCAGCAGCACGGGCGCGGAGCGAGAGGACGACGACGAGAGCCUCAGCAUCAGCAAGCCGCUGGUGCCGGCCGCCGCCGCCGCGCUCCCGGGGCCCCCGGGUCAGGGGGGCGCCCCAGCCGCCGACCCCGCGCCCGCCGCCUUCUCCUCCUCAGCCGCCACCUCCUCCUCCUCCUCCACGCCCACCUCCUGCAGCAUGACCGCCGGGGACUUCGGCGGGGCUGCUGCGGCGGGGGCCGUCGGGGGGCCCGGGGGCCGCUCGGCGGGGGUCCCGGGCGGCCCGGGCGCGGGCAGCGGCGGCUCCUGCUGCUCGUGCUGCUGCUGCUGCUGCCGCCCGGCCCGGCCCGGCCGCAGGGGUCGGCGCCGCUGCUGCGCCCCCAGCCCGGGGUGCCGCUGGGGCUACCAGGCGCUGUCCGUGGUGCUGCUGCUGGCGCAGGGCGGCCUGCUGGACCUGUACCUCAUCGCCGUCACCGACCUGUACUGGUGCUCCUGGAUCGCCACCGAUCUGGUGGUGGUGGUGGGCUGGGCCAUCUUCUUCGCCAAGAACAGCCGGGGCCGUCGGGGCGGCGCCCACAGCCACCACCAGCACCACCACCACGCCGCGCCGCCCCUGCACCUGCCGGCUGCCUCUGCCGGCCCCGCUGGGGCCAAGGCGCGCGGCGGCCGCGGGGGCGCGGGGGGCGGCCUGGCGGCUGCCGGGGCGACCGGCGAGUUCGCCUUCGCCUACCUGGCCUGGCUCAUCUACUCCAUCGCCUUCACGCCCAAGGUGGUGCUUAUCCUGGGCACGUCCAUCCUAGACCUCAUAGAGCUGCGCGCGCCCUUCGGCACCACCGGCUUCCGCCUCACCAUGGCGCUGUCGGUGCCCCUGCUCUACAGCCUGGUGCGGGCCAUCAGCGAGGCGGGCGGCCCGCCCGGCUCGGCCGGACCCCUGCUGCUGCAGCCCCAGCGGCACCGCGCCGCCGGCUGCUUCCUGGGCACGUGUCUGGACCUGCUCGACAGCUUCACCCUGGUGGAGCUGACGCUGGAGGGCCGCGUGCCGCUGCCCGCGCACCUGCGCUACCUGCUCAUCGCCGUCUACUUCCUCACGCUCGCCUCGCCGGUGCUCUGGCUCUACGAGCUCAACGCCUCGUCCUGGGGCCAGGCCUCGGGGCCCGGCAGCUGCAGCCGCCUCCUGCGCCUGCUGGGCGGCUGCCUGGUGGACGUGCCCUUGCUGGCCCUGCGCUGCCUCCUGGUGGUGAGCUACCAGCAGCCCCUCUCCGUCUUCAUGCUCAAGAACCUCUUCUUCCUCGGCUGCCGUGGCCUGGAGGCCCUGGAGGGCUGCUGGGACCAGGGCAGCCGGGCCUCCCUCAGUCGGGCCAGAGCGGGCUACGGCGCCCCGCCCUCCGCCCCGCCGCCACCUCCGCCUCCGCCUCAGGGAGGCUCCCAGCUGGGCCACUGCAUCUCGGAGAACGAGGGGGGCGCCCAUGGCUACGUCAAUACUCUGGCGGUGGCCUCCCAGAAUUGACGGGAGAAGAGCAGGGGCUGUGCUUCUGGGUUAGGAGGGCCCAGCUUCCUUGUCCUUUGACCUCUCUCACCCAGAUUUGAUCAGGCUCUGUUUAGAAGGGGUCGCUGUUAAUAGGGCUAAGGGCCCAUGUGUCCUUCUGCACUCCUCGGGUGCCGGCAGCAUGGAGGAGACCAGGUGAGGGAGGUCGGUCCACUUACCCUGCUCUCCCUUCUCCAUGCCCUGCCCCAGGCCCAGCCUCCAAAGGGCUGGCACCUCUGCUUCUUUCUUUUCCCACCUCCACCCUAAUUCCCACCCAUUGGGGGAAGAAUGGAGGAAAGAGGUGCCCAGGCAGGGGUGCUGGGCCUUGGGCUGCUGCCCUGCUGGGAAGUGCUGGCCUCAUUCAGGCUGUGGUUAGAGGCCAUUGUCCCACACCUUGAAAUUGACCCAGAACCCACUCUUCUCCUGAUGUGUCUGUUGGAUUUCUUCAGGGUGGUAGACGCGAAGUGUCUGUCUCUGUGAGUGUGCAGUGUUGUUUUCUUGUGUCUACCCCCGCAAUGGGUAGGAGAGCUGAGGGGGCCAUUUGCCCCCCCCUCCUCUUUUCUGCCUGAAGUUGUGACCAUGAAUUCCCAGGAAAAGCGGGGCCCCUGGGAGAAGCUCAUCCAGGAGCUUUCUCCAUCCUGCUCCUCUCUCUCAGCUGGAGGGAGGAGGGCCCAUUCUCUAAGGACCAAACUGCACCCUUUCUUGGGUGAGUGAGCAUUUCUACCUCUGUGCUUUCAACUUUUGUUGCAUCACGCACUGACGCUGCUUGCAAAACAUAAAGACAAAAUACUCAGCAGUUGCAUUCAACAUGGCACUGGAGCCAGCUGGGUUUGGUGCCAGUGUUCUUACAGGGUCUCUGGAGUAUCAGCCAUUGGCUCGCCCGCCUUCUGUUCUUCCCCUGCACCCAGGACAGUUGUUCCCAUGGUUUGUUGCUGGCUUGGCCAGAUCUUGGCUGAGAGCAACAGGUUUGGUGGCGUUCCAGGAUGGACAUGAAGUUGGGCUUCCCAUAGGCCCAGGGGAGUAGGAAGCCCAAUUUCCCAUGUCCUUCCUCUAGGAAGCCUGCUGUAGGUCAGAAAAGGUAGUGGUGACCUUUCUCCUCUGUUCUGGCUAAGGGCCUCACUAGGGACAGGCAGGCGGUGGGACCUUCCCCCGCAAUCCCUUCCCCAGUGUUCCCCUUGUAGUGGGUGCUGACAGGAGACACCCAGCAGUUGCGUCCUUACUGUCUUGGGACAUCACUCGGCAUCUCUGAAGCAGGAUAACUACUUUCAGGGAGCUAAGCGUGUAGGAGGACUGUGGGGAGCAAGGCCAGGAAACACUCACUCUCUUCCAGCCUCAGUAGGAGGGGGUGGAGGUGAAACGCUAAGAGCUUUUUGCCCCUUCUCCCUUCAUAUCUUUGGAAGGUUUCAUGUGGUGUAAUAAACCCUGGACAAGCCACCAGAAGGUGUGGAUUCGAGUUAGUUCCGACUCUGUCAUUCACUAGCUUUCUUUAUUCUGUUUUUGAGACAGAGUCUUUCAUUCCAUUGCCCCGGGUAGAGUGCGGUGGUGUCAUCACAGCUCAC